UACAAUAAUAUAACUAGUAAAAAAAACCAUAGUGCUUAUAUUAGAGAAGCAAUGCACAUCAGAAUCUCUCCAGAAGUUAGUUAGUAUGGCUCUGUUUCUGAAGCCUCUUAUCAUCUUCCUACAUGAUUCAUGUCUUGCCUUCCUCUCUCUACUGAACCAUGGAGCGAGUUUUGAUGAAAAUGCAGAUGGAGUUCCAAACAGACUCCAAGCAUUUAUUAAUGGUGUGGGGAUUAGCAUUGAAACAACAUGGGGACGACAAUUGAGGAGUGUAUUUAUACUUCCUGUAUUCAACUGUUUGGUGGCUUCAUGUUUGAUAAUCUCACUCUUAGUUUUCAUAGAGGGUGUUUACAUGAACCUUGUAGUACUCUACGUUAAGUUGUUUAAGAGAAAACCCGAAAAAAUAUACAAGUGGGAGCCUAUGCAAGAAGACGCUGAGCUCGGACAUGAUUCAUAUCCCAUGGUCCUUGUCCAAAUCCCAAUGUACAACGAGAAAGAGGUCCUUAAAUUAUCUAUAGGUGCUGCAUGUAGACUAACAUGGCCAUUGGACCGCUUGAUUGUUCAGGUUUUAGAUGAUUCCACUGAUGAAACCAUCAAGGAGCUGGUGAACAAGGAAUGUGCAAAAUGGGAAAACAAAGGCGUGAACAUCAAGUGUGAGAGGAGAGAGAAUAGAAAUGGAUACAAAGCCGGAGCUCUUAAACAAGGCAUGAAACGUAACUACGUGAAGCUUUGCAACUACGUAGCCAUCUUCGACGCUGACUUCCAACCGGAGCCUGAUUACCUCCAACGCUCUGUCCCCUUCCUUGUUCAUAACCCCACGGUUGCUCUCGUUCAAGCCCGAUGGAGAUUCACGAACGCAAACAAGUGCUUGAUGACAAGGAUUCAAGAGAUGUCACUCAAUUACCACUUUAUGGCAGAGCAAGAAUCUGGAUCCACUAGACAUGCUUUUUUUAGCUUCAAUGGAACUGCGGGUGUAUGGAGAAUGGCUGCGAUGGAAGAAGCUGGAGGAUGGAAUGAUCGAACCACAGUAGAAGACAUGGACUUGGCCGUUCGUGUUGGUCUCCUCGGAUGGAAAUUUGUCUUCCUCGAUGACCUCAUGGUGAAAAGCGAGCUACCAAGUAAAUUCAAAGCCUUUAGAUUCCAGCAGCAUCGAUGGUCGUGUGGUCCAGCCAAUCUCUUCAGGAAAAUGAUUAUGGAGAUUAUUCGCAAUAAGAGAGUGACGUUAUGGAAGAAGUUGUAUCUCAUCUACAGCUUCUUUUUCUUACGGAAGAUCCUAGUCCACUUCUUCACUUUCUUCUUCUACUGCGUUGUUCUUCCCACAAGCGUCUUCUUCCCCGAAGUCAAUAUUCCAGCUUGGUCAACUUUUUACAUUCCCUCUCUCAUCACUCUCUUCAUUGUCAUUGCUACACCAAGAUCAUUCUAUCUCGUGAUAUUUUGGGUGUUAUUUGAAAACGUGAUGUCAAUGCAUCGGACAAAGGGAACUUUCAUCGGCAUACUUGAAGGAGGAAGAGUGAAUGAAUGGGUUGUCACUGAGAAACUAGGAGAUGCUCUUAAGACUAAGCUACUUCCUCAGAUUGGUAAACCUCGUGACGGGUGUUCCCAAAGCAUAAACUCGAAGGAGAUAAUAAUGGGGAUAUACAUAUUGUGUUGUGCAUGCUAUGGAGUUCUUUUUGGAAACACAUUAUUAUAUCUCUAUCUCUUCAUGCAAGCGGUCGCUUUUCUCGUCUCUGGAGUUGGCUUUGUCGGAACUUGAAAACAUUAUACUGAGCCAUUCCUGAUCAAGAACUUGGUUUGAUGCUUGAUGAGCCGUUCUCAAGUUAUAGUUUGAUAGUCUAUUGUCUAGCUAGGUUAGUUGUAUAUCCCGUGUAUUGAAUAAGAUGAUGUAAUAACAUUAACAAAAACAAGAAGAUGGUGUAAGCCACCUGAAUUUCAA